UGGUUUGUAGUUUUGGGGCCUUGUGGGGCUCUGGGCCCCUGUGGUGGGCUUCCAUUUUACCCAGGAGGCCUUUCAGCCUCGCCUGAUGGAGGGGUCUAGGUCUUUGUCUGCUAGACCUGCUGCUUAAACACAUCAUUUCUCACAGGGACAAUGUCACCAGUGAGCAGCGUGAUGGACAGCCAGGUCCUCCUGUCGUUUUCUACCUAUGCCACCAUUGUCAUCCUGAAGAUGAUGCUCAUGUCACCUUUGACCUCUUACUUCCGCCUGACAAGAAAGGUGUUUGCAAACCUAGAAGACACCAAAUUUGUUUCGCCAGUGGAAGACAAGAAACUGGUCCGCACAGAUCCUGACGUGGAACGAGUCCGCAGGUGUCACCAGAACGACCUGGAAAACAUAAUUCCUUUUGUGGUGAUCGGCCUUCUCUACGCUCUGACCGGACCCGAGCUCUCAACCGCCCUGCUUCACUUCCGCCUCUUUGCCGGGUCUCGGAUCUUCCACACCAUCGCCUACGUCGGCGCUCUGCCUCAGCCCAGCAGGGGUCUGUCCUGGAUACUGGGCAUGCUGGUCACCUUCUCCAUGGCUUACAGGGUGCUCAGCACAGCUCUCUUCCUUUAGAGACGACACUGGACCACACAUUCACAUCUACAUUUCCAUCUUAUGUUUAAUUUCUGUGAAUUCUAGCUUUGGAAAUUUUGCUGGAAAUCAGUCAGGCCUUUCUUUGCGGUGCACAGCAUCAUUUUUACCCAAAAUGCAUUAACAAAUAUAACAAAAAAGAAAUAAAUUACAUUUUAAAACAUAUUCAAGGAAAAAAAAAUAGAAAGGAAACGCAGGUGAGAGGGAGAGGAUCACAACAAACCAUUAGGCCCUGGAAACAAUUUCAAACAAACAAAUUAGUAAAGCAAACAGACACCAAGGAGAUAUUGAUUUUUUUUAAACUAAAAUACUAAUUAAAAUAAUUUUACUUGGACUCCCAACAAUCAUGGGAAAGUCAUAACUGAGCAGCAGCUUGUAUUUACUGAACUUUUUAAAGGUAGGUUGGUUUAUAUUCAUGUAAACAAAUCUACAUUUUCCAUCGUCUUUUCCUCUCUGAACUUUCAUUUCUAAUCCACUCACUGUUCCAUUUUCUGCUGGUGUUAAAACAGUGUGAUGGUUCAGACACUAUCACAGUUUGUGUUUCUCAGCAGAUUGUAAUGUAAAUCCACCAUUUCUAGAAAUUAAACUCAUCAUUUUGAUAUUUUUCCUGUUAUGAAAGACAAAGUAUUAUUCAAAAAAGCUACUGGUACUUUUAUUAGUGUUGUGUUUUAUUACUGGAAAUUGUGAAACACAUCUGCCUCAUCAUGUAUUUUUACAUAAUUCAGAGUGGAUGCCCUGCUGCAUUGGUAGCAGCUUAAGAGCAAUUCUCCAUUUUUGAUUUUGACUUUAUUACCACAGCAGAAAAUUAACUAAAAAAUCAAUAUGUGAGUCGUAUUUUAUCUGUUUUUUUUUUUUUAUAUUAUAACACAUAUUUGGUUCAUUAUUCAUUUCCUUUAGAGACUGAAACCGAGAUAAAACGAAUCACACUUUGAUUCCCUCAGCAGCUGAUGUCAGGAUGAAUAAUGUGUAAUAAUGUGCUGCCAAAUGAUAAAACAAACACAAAGAACGGCGCCAUGUGAGAUUGGGAGAUGGGGGGGUGUAUUAAA